ACCUUCAAACCCUCACUUGAAAAAAAAAAUACAAAAAAUGAAGAAUUUUCUCUCUAUCUUCAUCUUUCUCAUAAUACCCAUUUCUACAGUCCAUUCCAUCUCGCCGGCCGACCGAUCAGCAUUACUAGAUUUCAAGUCCGGUCUAAAUGAACCGUACUUCAAAUUACUAGACACAUGGACCGGCGACAACUACUGCAACAACUGGUAUGGUAUCACCUGCGACCCGACAACCUCCCGGGUCGAAUCCAUCUCUCUCCGAGGUGAAUCCGAGGAUCCCAUCUUCGAAAAAUCCGGUCGGAGCGGUUACAUGACCGGAACUCUAUCACCAUCUCUUUGCCACCUUGAUAGUCUCACAACCCUAGUCGUAGCCGAUUGGAAAGCAAUCUCCGGCGAGAUUCCUUCUUGCAUUACUUCAUUACCUCGCCUUCGAAUCCUCGAUCUCGUCGGAAACAAGUUAUCGGGUCAAAUCCCAUCUAAUAUCGGAAGUUUAAACCGUCUCACGGUUUUAAACCUAGCUGAUAAUCAACUCUCCGGUUCGAUUCCUUCUUCAAUUGUCAACCUCGGUAGCUUGAAACAUCUCGAUGUUAGUAAUAAUCAGAUCACGGGUUCGAUUCCAUCUGAUAUCGGGAAUAUGAAAAUGAUGAGUCGGGCUUUAUUGAAUAAGAACCAAUUGUCGGGUUCUAUUCCCGGGUCGUUUGCGAAUAUAAGAAGACUUGCGGAUCUUGAUUUAUCAACAAAUGGGUUGACCGGUUCGAUCCCAGCUCAAUUAGGUCAAAUGCCGGUUCUUUCUACGCUUAACCUAGAUGGAAAUCAGUUAUCGGGUCAAAUACCGGAUACCCUAUUGAGUAAUACGGGUUUGAAUAUUGUCAACUUGAGUCAUAAUAAUCUUGACGGGUACAUACCCGAUGUAUUUGGAUCAAAGACUUAUUUUACGGGGCUAGAUUUGUCGUACAAUAACUUGAAAGGUUCGAUUCCGAAGUCUUUAUCGAUGGCUCGUUACGUUGGACAUGUGGAUCUUAGCCAUAACCAUCUUUGUGGUGCAAUGCCAUCGGGAAUUGCGUUCGAUCAUCUCGACGCUUCUUCUUUCGUAAACAAUGAUUGUCGUAUGUGAUUACUCUUUAAAACGUGAACAAUUGAAUUUCGUCCAUUUGUAUUUCAUAUAAAUUGUAUGUGUUUGUAUCUCUUUAUAGUAUUUUUUUUUAAAGGACUAUGGUUAUUUGUACCA